AAUUGACUUCCGGUCCUUCUCAGGAAGCAUUAGAGAUGGCGAAGGUUGUGGUGACUUGGGUUUGAGAAGUACGGAGGGUAGUCUGGUGGCUAUGGAGGCCGUGCUGAGCGAGCUGGUGGCCGUGGACGAUUUAGUGAAAUUCGAGAAGAAGUUCCAGACAGAGCAGGCAGGGGGCUCUGUGUCACACAGCACUCAGUUUGAGUAUGCCUGGUGUUUGGUGAGAAGCAAAUAUAAUGAUGACAUCCGAAAAGGCAUCAGCCUGCUGGAGGAACUGCUACCUAAAGGAAGCAAAGAGGAGCAGCGAGAUUAUGUCUUCUACCUGGCUGUGGGGAACUACCGCCUCAAGGAAUAUGAGAAGGCUCUGAAGUAUGUGAGAGGGUUACUGCAGACUGAGCCCCAGAACAACCAGGCCAAGGAGCUAGAAAGCCUUAUUGAUAAGGCUAUGAAGAAAGAUGGACUGGUAGGCAUGGCCAUCGUGGGGGGCAUGGCUCUGGGUGUGGCUGGGCUUGCUGGGCUAAUUGGACUUGCUGUGGCCAAGUCUAAGUCUUGAGCUGCUAGACCGCUGCUACCCUCGGGACACACCUCUGACCUGCCUGCCCCCCCCCCCUCGGAGAUGAAGCAGCCAAUUGGGGCCAUGGAGAUGCUGAUACUGAGGAUGUUUAAAGAGAGGGGGGGAGAGGGAGGGCCCUGUCUCUUUUGUACCUUUCUUUCUAUUCCACCCUCCACCCUCCAUCUUCAUCCCCUUCCCAGUUUCCUCCCUGGUUACUUCAUGCCCUUCAAUUUCUUUCCCAAGACUUGCCCUCCCCUGGGAUUUUGUGCUUUGGUAGAAUGUAAAUAAAACUGAGGACUCUGGA